CGCGUGGGUGGGCCGCACCCCGGAGCCCACUGGGGCCAGCGUGAGGGCGUCGCGCGGCGCCAGCCACCGCGGGGGCGCGUCGGGAGGCAGAGGCUCCGGGAGACGCAGGGCUGCGGCCCAAGAAACGGCACUGGAGUGCACUUGACCGCUGCCGCCGGCCCGGCAUUGAAGCCGCAGGCGGCGAGGUGUAUCCUCGCCCGGCUCUGCGGGAAGCGGGUUUAGGGCACCCCUCCCAUUACGGCCCUCAAAGCCCCGCUCCUGGGGGUGCAGCUGGGAAAGGCGACCUUGGAUGGGCGGUGGGUUGAUGUGAAGCAGCAACACCCGCCCUAGGCCGCCUCUCAUUGGGAAUUUGGUGAAGACCCACUUCCAGUCGGGAGGCCGACGUGAACGUUGGGCGUUUUUCUGAAGAAUGAUUGUGUCGAAUGGGGACGUGGUCUGCCUAUAAAAGGCUGGGCAAGAACAAAAUCUGUUACCACCCAGUCCUCCUCUAAAGAGACACCCGCUGGAGCUGAAAGCCUCAAGAGCGAGUGCUCUCAAGUCCCCACCUUUGGUGCUACCAGCGUCCAAGGCCGAUCUGGUGAAGAAACAAGCACAGAAAGUUGAAGUGCCUUAGAGCUUUGAAGUGCAAGUGUCAGGAUUCUAACGCAGCUUGUCUGAUUUCAAUGCCUGUCCUCUUCACUUUCAAGUCUUAUCCAGGCUGAAGAUGCACACAGCUCGCAAGGAGGGAAGUCAAGGCAGGCCUCUAGGAGCAACCCUGGUUCUGGCGCCGCAGGGACAUGCCACAGCCUUGAAGGCAGGAGAUUGUGAUCAGAGGAGGACCAUACAACUGUGAAGCCUCUCAGCGGAAGUUCUGGAAGUUUCCUCACCAGAAGUGGACAAGCCCAGUCGGGCGGAUAUCGUCAUGCUGCAGCGGCUCCUGAUCACCCUGCCCACCGAGGCCAGCACCUGGGUCAAGUUGCACCAUCCGAGGAAGGCCAAGGAGGGGGCGCCUCUGUGGGAGGACGUGACUAAGAUGUUUGAAGGAGAAGCUCUGCUAUCUCAGGAUGCUGGUGAGACCCAGGGAGAACGUUUAAAGGAUGAAGUGACCUAUGGGGCCCCGAGAGCAGAAUCCCAGGAAAAGUUGACCUUCAGGGACGUAUCUGUGGACUUCACCCAGGAGGAGUGGGGGCAGCUGGCCCCUGCUCACCAGAAUCUGUACCGGGAGGUGAUGCUGGAAAACUAUGGGAACCUGGUCUCAGUGGCAGGAUAUCAACUUUCCAAACCUAGGGUGAUUUCCCAGUUGGAAAAAGGAGAAGACCCAUGGAUAACAGAGAAAGAAGGCCCAGGAUAUCCCAGUUCAGACUUGAAGAGUAAAACAGAAACCAAUAUAUCAACUACAAAGAAUGUCAUUUUACAGGAAGAGUUAUAUCAUGGUAUUAUGAUGGAAAGGUUCAUGAGGGAUGAUGUCAUUUAUUCCAGAUUGAAAAAAGUCACCAAAUAUGAUGAUGAGUUAGAAAGGCAUCAGGAUAUCCACGGAAGAGACGUAAGAGAAGCCAUGUUGACCCACAAGAAGAGAGGCCAAGAAAGUAAAAAAAUUGGGGAAAAUAUUGUGAGUUCAAAUGUUAUUAUAGAACAGACACACCAUAAAUAUGACACACUUAGAAAGAGGAACAAAUACAAAUUAGAUUUGAUUAAUGACCCAAUGACUUACAUAAGAACAAAAACCUAUGAAUGUAAUAUAUGUGAAAAAAUCUUCAAACAACCUAUUCAUCUUACUGAACACAUGAGAAUUCAUACUGGUGAGAAACCUUUCAGAUGUAAGGAAUGUGGAAGGGCCUUUAGUCAAAGUGCAUCCCUUAAUACCCACCAGAGAAUCCAUACUGGUGAGAAACCCUUUGAAUGUGAAGAAUGUGGCAAAGCCUUCAGACAUCGCUCAUCUCUUAAUCAGCAUCACAGAACUCACACCGGGGAGAAACCCUAUGUAUGUGAUAAAUGUCAGAAAGCUUUCAGCCAGAACAUUAGCUUGAUCCAACAUUUGAGAACUCAUUCUGGAGAGAAGCCCUUUACGUGCAAUGAAUGUGGGAAAACCUUUCGACAGAUUAGACACCUUAGUGAACAUGUAAGAAUUCAUACUGGGGAGAAGCCCUAUGCAUGCACUGCAUGUUGUAAAACCUUCAGUCACAGAGCUUAUCUAACGCAUCACCAGAGAAUUCAUACUGGGGAGAGACCCUACAAAUGUAAGGAAUGUGGUAAAGCCUUUAGGCAGAGGAUACACCUUAGCAACCAUAAAACUGUUCAUACAGGAGUGAAAGCAUACGAAUGCAAUCGCUGUGGAAAAGCCUAUAGGCAUGAUUCAUCCUUUAAGAAACAUCAGAGACAUCACACUGGAGAAAAACCUUAUGAAUGUAAUGAGUGUGGAAAAGCCUUCAGCUAUAAUUCAUCGCUUACUCGACACCAUGAAAUACACAGGAGGAAUACCUUCCGAAAUAAUGUGUAAAAACUGAUUAUCUAACAUGAGAACAAAAGCCAAAUCUAAAUCAGUGAUUCUAUACUUUUAAAUUUCAGGACUCUCGAGUUAUGGAUAUAAUGCUGCCAACUUUUAAUUUUGCCCAUUGUGUAAGUAAACACUACAAUAACUACAAUCUAAUAAAAUACCUCCAUACAAAGUACUUAAGAAUAAAGGAUGAUCCUUCCAAUUAAAUUCAGCAAUAUGGAAACAACACAUUAUUAUUCUUCUGAUUUCAUGGUGGAUUAAUAAGUUAUUCAUG